GGCAUUCAUUGUCUGGCUGGCGAACAGUGAGACGAUUCGUGUCUAUAAAAUGACCAAGAAGGAUGAUGGAAACUUCACCUUCACUGCAGCUUCCGGGGACUUCCCAAAGAAGCACAAGGCUCCCAUCAUCAACAUAGGAAUUGCAGAGACAGGAAAGUUCAUCAUGACAGCUUCCAGUGACACUACCAUCGUGAUCUGGAGCCCAAAGGGGGAAGUCCUGGCCAGCAUUAACACUAACCAGAUGAGCAAUGCUUAUGCUGCAGUGUCGCCCUGCGGGAGGUUCGUGGCAUCCUGCGGCUUUACCCCCGACGUGAAGGUGUGGGAGGUGUGUUUUGGCAAGAACGGAGACUUCCGGGAGGUUGCCAGGGCUUUUGAGCUUAAGGGCCAUGCCGCUGGCAUACAUUCCUUCUCCUUCUCCAAUGACUCGAGGAGGAUGGCGACUCUUUCGAAGGAUGGGACGUGGAAGUUCUGGGACACGGAUGUGGAAUAUAAGAAGCAACAGGAUCCCUACCUGCUGCUGACAGGGAAGUGUGAGGUGGCAGAGCCCUGCCGCAUCGCCCUGUCACCCAAUGCUCACGUCGUUGCUGUCUCCAGUGGCACAGACAUUGUGGUGUACAACACGCGGAGAGGCGAGGAGGAGGAGCGCUUCGUGGGUGUGCACGGGCAGUGCAUCACGG